UUGUAACAACAGACUUUGGCUGAACAUAAUCAAUACUCACACAAUAUCUUUAUUAAUAUAUUUUUCUAUACAUACAAUAAAAAAAAAUACUGAUUGUCACUUAAUAAUUAACAAUAACAUUUGACAGUUUUGAGUGUUUAUUGCAAUUGUUGACGUUUUGUGAACGCCGUGGAGCGAUAUUUUUCUUUGUUUUGUUUCAGGUUCUUUUUAAAAUUUUCAGGUAGUUUUGUUUUUAAUAAUAAAGUGAUAUAGUGCAUGAAAGGGUAAUUCGUUCAACGGUCAGGUGUGAUAUUCGGGUAAAGAAAAUUCAAAACAGAAACAUGGACAGAAUUAUAACUCAAGCAUGUCGUGCCCUCCGGAUUCCUCAAGACACGUUCGAGGUACAAGCAAAUAAUAUCGUGAAUUGUACAAUUUGUCAACGAGCACUGACAAACGUUCGAAGCGUAACAGAAAUCCGUCGGCACAUUGCAGGGCAAACCCACUUACAUGCAAUUGAUCGACGAAAUAAUCCAGAUUUACUAUUACAACAACGACUUACGAAUUUUAUUGCCACUUCAAGAAUCGAUGAUAAUAUAUAUCGAAUUGCAAAUGGCACCAUUGAAUGCUUGUACUGUCACAAACGUUUGACGACAGUUACACUAGAUUGCUUGAGAGAUCACAACGAUUCUCAAUUUCACACAAGAACAAGAGAACUAAAAGCCGCAAGACCUAGACCGACAGAAGCAGCAUUCGCAGCUUGUUCAUCAGGGCAAAACGCAUUCAGCAUGGAGUUGGUUGAUACAUUAAUGACAGUUGACAUUCCGCUUCACAAGUUGCGACAUCAAACUUUUUCAGCUUUUCUCGAAAAAUAUACUCAGCAAAUAAUAACUGAUCUAUCAGCACUUCGUCAAUUUUAUGCACCUGCAAUUUAUCAAUCCAAAUUACAGUCCAUACGUGACGAAAUUGGGAUUCAUUCUAUUUUUAUAAGUGUUGAUGAAGUCACCGAUUCCAAAGGUCAGAUUGUUGCUCAUGCCAUCAUACGGCCACUUAUACCCGAUCGUCCUGGAAGACCAAGGCUCAUUCAUGCUCAAUGCCUCGAUGCUGGAAAUGGUGAAACUAUACGUAAUUUUGUAAUAGAGUCUCUAAAUAUAUUGUGGCCUGAUGGUAUUCACUACAAUAGAGUUUUAAUUUAUUGUACUGAUGCAGCCCCAUACAUGAUGAGAUCAGGGAGAUUGUUAGCUCCUGAUUUUCCUAAAAUGCUACACGUAAGGUGUUUAUGUCAUUCAUUAAGUCUUGUAGCUGAAUGGGUACGUGACGAAUUUGAUAAUGCCAACGAAGUUAUCUCAGAAACAAAGAAAGUAUUUAUAAAAGCUCCAACAAGAGUGAGACUCUUCCAGCAAAUGGCUGGAGGCAUUUUAUUGCCUCCAGAACCUAUAAUAACUCGUUGGGGCACAUGGUUACGUGCAGCUGUUUAUUAUGCACAAAAUUAUGACCACGUCCGUAGAGUGAUCGAUCAUUUAGAUCCUGAUUCUGCUGCGAUAAAAAAAGCUAAAAGACUUUUUUCGAGAGAAGGCCUUCGCGAAGAAUUUGUGCAUAUUGCUGAACAUUACAUACGCAUUGCAGAUGCUAUAACAAGACUCGAGGCAGAAGAUUUGCCGUUAAAUGAAAGGAUAACUAUAUUCCAAGAAGUAUACGAUUAUAUAACACAAACUGACGGAAUUCCAGAUAAUAUUAUAACAAAAAUGAGAGCAGUCUAUGACGUUAAUACUGGUUAUCAAUCUAUGAGAAACGUCAAUGAGUUUUUAAGAACAAAUGUCAUAGCAGAAGAUAUGAGAGUCCCUAGAUGGGAAUUGAAUGAUUAUCUUGCAUGUCGUUAUGCUUCUUUAGAAUCAGUUGAUGUUGAACGAAGUUUUUCAAAAUAUAAAUCCAUCUUCCGUUCCAACCGUCAUAGUUUUUUAUACGAAAAUCUUUGUAUGCAUGUUAUCGUUUGCUGCUUCACAGGAGGGUUCGUUCAUGCCGAUAAUGAUAACGAGGAUGUUGACGAAAACAUAGACAACGAUCGUUAAGAUUCAUCUUAUUUUACAAACACUUGGAAUUCGGAACGGGAGAAUAUAUUUGAUUUUAAAAAUAACUGGGAACUCACUUUGCUCGGGUCAUCAAUCAGAAUAAAACUAGUCGAGAUUCAUUAUGAAGCUAGAAUCGCUGUACUUACUUAAGCAAUAUGUACAUUCGUCGAGGAUGUUGUUUCGGCAAUAUAAUAAAGAUUGACUUCUAUAUUAAACAGGCUGCACCGUUAAUCAUUUUACCUACACCCUGGUAGAAAUACUCCGUCGGGUCGACAUAUGGUUCGACUUAUUAAGUCGGUAAAGGGAAACAUCGAUCGCCGCCGUAAGCUCGUUGUCAAGUUUGUUAAAUUGUCCGUCGUUAAAUGUUAGAAAAAAAAUUUCUAGCAUGGUUUUAUUAAUAUGAAGAGCUGGGCAGUGGUAUUUUAUUAUUACAUGUGUUUUAUUUAUUGAAUAAAUAAGUUGUAUGUUUUAUUUAUUUAAAAUGAGAUACAUCAAUUGUUUUGAAAAUAAAAUUUAGUUGCAGUUGGUGAAAAGAUGUGGCUGAGGGAAUACAUUUGCCAGAAAAAAUAUAUUUUCAAGCUACAUUCAUUCCUUAGCCACAUCUUUUCCUUAGCUGCAGCUUUUCUUGGAAAUUUUCAUUUUCAAAGAAUAAUUUUGAUGUAUCUCAUUUUUUAAAUAAAUAAAAUACAUACAACUUAUUUAUUCAAUAAAUAAAGUACAUGUAGUUCAUUCAUCCAAUAAUAAAUAAAAUACCGCUGCCGAUAAUGUCAUUUUAAUAAAAACCAUGCUAGGAAUUUUUUUUUUUUCAAAUACCAUAACCUCGAUUUAACGACGACAAACGGGCAAGUUCGACAUUGUACCGACAUACGGCCGACAUUGGGUCGACUUUGAAUUCGACUUAACUAUGUCGAACGCUAAAAAAUAUUUCUACCAGGGCAAAUAUUGAGAUAACUGCAAGAUUCAUUUUUCCAAAUAAGUUGUUCAGCUGAUUUAAAAAGUUAAUAAGAUGAUCACUCACAUCAAAUAGAAAAAGCAUUCAAGUGGUUAAUUCAGCGGAUUGAUAACGUUUUAAAAAAAAAGAUAAGUAGAAUCAUUUUUCUUCUGAGUGUUCCAUUUUGAUCACUAUUAGGGACUUUUGUGCACACACAAACAAGCAAACAAACAAACAAACACACACACACACACACACGCACAUGCUAUCAAGAGGGUUUGGAGUCUUAAAAUACUGUGGAAGUGACGAGCCACAGAGACCUAAUCUUUGAGUAUGUAACAAGCAAAAAAUAUUUAUAAUUAAUAAUAAUGUGAUGAUGGGACACAUAAUUAUUACAUAAUUUGAAUGAUUUUUUUGGGUACUUGAAUACUACUCGAUACUAACAUUAAUUUUUUCUUUUAUAGUGACUAUCGAGCUGGAGUACAUUCAAAUACCACAUAAUUUAUGGAACGAAGGGUCAGCAACGGAUGUUAGAUUUAAUUUUCAAAAUGUAGUUUGUAAUUUUAAAAAAAUGUUUUAAAUUAUAAUUCGAAUUAUUUUCGUGAGCAAUUUUAUGAUCACUGUUUUAUUCCGUUUUAAAAUUAUCAUAAUGACUCCAUAGUGACUUCAGUGUUUAAAAAUAUUACGUUACGUAAAAUCAAGUCAUUUUUAGUAUACAUUUAUGCAGUCACAUAAAGUCAUACGUCGUUCUUUUGACUUUAUAUGUCUUCAUUUGACUGCAUGAGAGUAACUAAUAAUAAGUUUUUACACGUAACUUCAUAUUUUGAAACACCAAAGGUUUAUAAAGUCAUAAAGGAGUCAAUCUUUUUAACAUAGAAAAUAUUAUAAUUAUUGCAUGGUAACAUUAAAUUUGACAAAAAUGAAUUUAAGUGUCGUGAAAGUGGGGCUUUAUAUUUUACCAAACGUUAAGAUUAUACAUUCUUUAAUGCAUUAUACAUUUGCUAAA